AUGAUCAGUCGCUUUGGAAACCACAAGAUCACUUACCAGGAACAACGAGACGAGUUGUCCUUGGCAGAGUACCUAGAGCUGAUCAAGGAAGCCAACGACGCACCUACUACAGGCACCAUGGUACAAGACGGGAAAAGGCAGUACUUUACCGUCUGUCCGAAAACUGAUUUAUUUUGCUUGCAGCCUUUCGUUGAAUGUGGACACUGGGAGGAAUUUGAGAAGAAUAUGCCGAUAUUCAACAAGCUAGGAUCACCUGAACCACAUAUUGCUCUUGAGUUUGAUCCCAUGUGGAUCAACCCUCAAACUGAUGAGCAAUGGUCCAUGUACAACCUCGCCUUCGAAGCGACCACCGGGGCGCUUGGAAGAUGGGCUAGCAAGCUGUGGUUUAUCGACUACCGCAUACGUCCCAAUCUCGACAUGUCACAAUCACAGUUGACCGACGCCGCUCUCAAGAUUAAUAUACAAGAAGACGAUCGAGUUGGAGAUAUCGCACAACGUCUUGGGAACUUCUAUGACCUCCAGGACGUCCUGAGCUUUGAAGGGAUUCCUAACACCGACCCUGGUAUAUCUUUUAUCCAGCGCAAUACUACUCCGAUAGUUCUCACGCUUGAAAAUGGAGAUGAUAAAUAUCGUGUGAAUAUUGCCGAUCAGACGCAGCCUGCCGAUGCUAGUGGAAUCAGCUUCAACGUUGCACUCAACGGUGCCUUCCAGGCCAAUACAGGUGCAGGGCCGGGCCAUUCGAUAAGGCAUAACGAAGCUAAAGAUGAGGGCACUAGACAGGUUAACAGUUCGAUGUGUAUAAUCAUGUAG